GUGGUCUCGUUCUUGACUCAAGCGCUAAGAGCACGCUACUGACAAGCUUACAUAAGAUAAAUCACGCUUUUCAUUAAUUCUGCGAGAGGAUUUGUAUUAUUCUUGAAUAAAGCAGAACACUUUUUUUCAAAAUAAAAAAAAAGGGUCUCUGUAAAUUGCAUGUGUUGAAAAGAUAUUCGGAUGCCAAAAUUUGAAUAUUGACCGAGAAGGGAGACCACAAGUUCGUGGAGAGACGGUGGGUAGUCUUUCUUGUCAAAGCACGAAACUGCUUCCUUUUCAUCAAAGAGCUACACAACAACAAGAACAUUCUUGCCUUGGCUUGACUGUAUGACAAACCCACGCGCCUCAAAAUGUUGGGGCAGUAGGAAACCUUAUUGAGGUCUUGUGCUGUGAGGAUCCGGUGGGGAGGCACCUUCACAGAGAAUGUACAAAUCCAAACGGAGCAGUGUGAAAAAAGAUCGUCAAAAGCUGUUUGAGGAAAAUGUAAAGCUCACUGAGGAUAUUUCUGUUCUUGAAGAUGCACUUAUUCUUCAUCAGCGGUUUUCUAAAGGAGAUAGUGCAAGUUUGCGUGGGGUCAUCAGACAGGAGCUGGGCGGAUCACGUUGGCAGUAUGGUGGAGAGGAAAGUUGCACAGUUUCAAGUCUAAGCAUGACUUGAGCGAAAUACAAAAGCUUAAUUUUGGUCAUUCUGCAAAAGACGGAAGGGAAAAUGGACCUAGGCAAAAGGCUGCAAAAUCAAAAUCAAAACCUAAACUUCACGAAGACAGAAUGGAGACUGAGAGUUCCUUAUUAGAGCCAUCAGUCCUUAGCUGCGAAAAUGCUGAUGAAGGUGCUCAAGUAAAAUCUAUAGGCAUUAUUCCUGCCAAAUUAAAAGGGAAAAGUUUGGCAAAGAAAUAUCAAAAAGCAAGUAAAGUAGUGGACAGAAAGUCAUUUACAACAUGGGACACGAGGCCUGGUGAAAGUAAGGUGGAAGGAAGAAAUAUAGACUAUGGAAGAUUUAUGUCAGUGGGUGAUUUUCUUCAUAAUGAAGGAAUAAACUAUGAUGAAGAGAUUUCGUUUGAGGAAACCUCUAUGGGUAUGUCUGUUUCCUCUGAACAUGAUGGGAAUAGCCUUACAGACAUUGAAAACUAAAGUGCUAAAGAAGGCCAGUACUGUGUUUUUUGUGCGCCAUGUCCCUAAUACUCAUUGUAAAGUCUCAAAGGUAAAGACUGCUGGCUCCAUGUUAUCUACCCAGCAUAAAGAUGGAUACCUCAGUAAGGCUAGUCAGAUGGUUAUAGGCCAUAAUGUUAAAAAGAAAUUAAAGUCACACAAAAAUGCAAAGCAGAAUGCCUUGUUUUCAUCUAGGCAAAGUGUUUGUCCAGGAAGAUUGACUGACAGUCCACAAGAGAGUGAAAUGACUGUUGUUGAUGAAAAAUUUGGCCAAGAUUUUUCUCUUAUGAGCACCCCUGUUGGUGCCUACAAAAAACCUAAGAACAGAUCAGGUGAGAAUGCAGAAUGUUUAAAUGAAAUCUUGCACACAGAAACUGGAGUGAAAAUGACUGCUGCAGCACAAGAAAAGAAAAUCACUAGGUCUGCUCUACAGUGUAAUCAAAUGGCAACAAACAGUGCUGGACUUGAAAAGGGAAAGAAAGAUUAUUUGCUUGACAGUAUGGAAGUCAAAAAUAAUUCUGCACUAAAAAGUCAGGAUAGCAGUGUUUCAGCAAAAACUGCAAUUAAGUCUAACGCCCUUUCUUUAAGUGAAGUAACUGUAGGUACAAAUACCAAAGCCAUUUUCUCUAGACCUUCAGAUAAAUGGGCAUUUGUAAAUGCAGAAGAUGUGACAGAUUCAUUAACUCUGCAGAUGUCACCUAAACAGACAGAUUCGGAAAACUGGACAAACAACAGUGAUAGAAUUGUAAUGCAAGAUGUCAGCUCAGGCACUUCACAGAGCUCUCCAGAUAAUGACACGGCAUAUCCAAGUGUCCACAAUUCAAAAUAUUUAUUGCAACAUUGCCCAGGCAGGAGAAGAGAAUCAUCAUCACAAUUCUCUUAUAAAGAAAUCGAUUGAGAAUGAUGACAAUAAAGAUUCAGAGAAAGAACAGCAGAUUUGGAGUAUUCAGACUGUUAAACCUCAGAUAAUCACUAGCAGAGAUACUGCCAUCCCAAGAGCUCUAGCUGAAUGGAUUCAAAAGAGUGUAGGCCUUGAUUCUCAAGACAUAGAACAAAAAGGUGUUACAGAAUGGGACUUGGUGUCAGAUGAAAAUCCAGCAACAGGAGUUAUCAGAUCUUCUAUGAUAGAAUCAUCUCAAAAUGUAGUUCGGGAGCAAAGUCUACAAACUUCUUGUAUCGACAAACAAGUAAAACGACUCCCUAUCUUUUUCGACCUUGAUGCAGAAGAAAAUAUACACAAAUUAGAAAACUCUAUUCGUGCUUCUGAAGUUUCAAUACAAGCUUUAGACUGUGACAGUAGAGUGGCUGCUUGGCUUGCAAGCCUUGGUUUGGCAAAUGUUGCAACUUUCCAGCAAAUCUUUGCUGAACAUCAGGUGGAUUUCAGUGAUCUCUAUUUUCUUACAGUAUCAAUGCUACAGGAAAUGGGCAUCAGUCGACUUGGCCCUAUAAUGAAAAUUCUUCGUGGCAUAGAUAAAUUAAAGGAAGAGAAGGAAAAUAAACUUGUGCAAUUAGACAAGGUUGAGAAUAAAAUGUUGCGUAGAGAUAGAAGUAAAAGAGCAUGGCCUGAAACUGGAGAUGACAGAGGACAAGAGAGAGGAAAAAAAGACUCUUUGCCAAGAAGACGGGAUUGUGUUUCAAAGAGUUUCAAACGAGACCACAUUGGGUCUCAGAACAAGAAGUCUGUUGAGAAGGCUCUUCAGCUUGAAAAAUUUGAUGAUCAUAAAACGCUUACUGCUGAUAAUGCAAAAACUAUCUCUUCUAAGAAGAUUUAUAGCCUUUUGUGUGAUGGUGGGUCAGAAUCAUACUCUGCUUGGAGGAAUCCUUCCAUUGUGACACCUUCUUUUGAUCAAAAUUUGACCUCAAAAGCAUUAGUGGAAAAAACAAAAAGUAAGACCUCUUUAAAGUUUAGCAAACCAUCUUCAGUUAUCAGUAGCCGGACUGCAGUGAGCUGUGUGCAGAACAGGGAUUGUAAGUCCUCAUACAAAACUGAUGUCAAAUUCAAGAAUGAAACAAGUGAUGUUAAGGAGACUAGUCAUCAGGAUACACUACAGCCAAAAACCAGCAAUGGUGGCUUAAGCACAGCUUGUGUGCUAAAGAGAAAAUCAGCAAAAAGCCAACAAGAAAGCAAAGGUGACAUCUUAGACCAACACCCAGAUCAGCUGCAUAAUGCCAUGGCUGCUAGAAACAAAGUGACAGAUCAUAGCAAAGUUGCUGAUAAUGAUCUUGAGUCAUCUCAGUCCAAUCAGCAGCUUCGGGAUCCACAAGCAGAGCAGCAGAUCAGCUAUAGGGAGGAAACACUAAAUGCUGUGCGAGAUUUACAGCACAAGUUACAGCAGCUUGAGCACUGCAUUCUUCACAAGAAGACCACUUCUACAUCAUCAGUUGCUGCAGGUGCUACACUCAAGAAAACCGAUGCUGCAUACAACCUUGAUUUUAGAAAAACUGAUCACACUGGUGACCUGUAUUAUUCAGAAUUACAAAGAGCAUUGACAAAUACAAAAAGGAAUGUUACUUCAGUCAGUAAAGGUAAUCAAUGCAAUGGUCUUAACAAUACAGUGACAGUAGGUCAUGCUAAUGACAUUUAUAGUAAUGGCUGCUCAGCAUGGGGUACGCAAAACCAUGACAGCGUAACUGAAGACAGCAUAUGUGAGGAUGUUCAUGGAACUGUGAAACACAAGCAGCAGAAGGAAGAUUCUGAGGACCUGAAAAAAAGAUCUGGUGUUUCAAAACAUCAGCAGAAUAGCAUUGGUGGACUGAUGAAUAAGUCAAGUAGAAUGGAAAAAGAGAUGCAUGUGCCUGAGGAAGUCCUUGUUGUAGCUGGGAUGAAGUGUGGGAGAGAUGAAAAUGAUGGUGAAGAUUCUCCAGACAGGUGCAUUACAGAAAUAGUAACAUUUGAAAAGAAACAGCCUAUGAGCAAACGCCAAUUACGAGAUGAGAUCCGCCGGGAGAGGGAUGAGCAUCGUAAAAAUGUAAGACACCUUAAACUAGAACUAAGCAAGCUACAGCACUAUGAUCCUAUGAAGAACUCUGAAAUAGACAGAGCAACCAUCUUAUUCAGAGAAUCAGAUCUAAUUGGAGAGGGCUCCUUCUCACAGGUCUUUAAAGGACAAUAUCAAGGUGCAGAAGUGGCUGUCAAGAGACUGAGGACACCAUUGUGUCUUCAAGACAGAACUUACUUUGCUUCUGAGGUAUCCUUGUUGCGAGAUCUGCGACAUCCAUGUGUGGUGUUGCUUAUUGGCAUAUCUACUGCAGAUUCCUUACCUAUUAUGGUGUUGGAAUACAUGGCUGGCAGGGAUCUGUACACUCUAAUUCAUGACUCCAACAGACAUAUUCUUGACCAUGCAGAAUUUUAUCAGAUUGCAAGAGAUGUUGGCUCAGGUAUGGUCUACCUGCAUCAUCACCACCCACCUGUUCUUCACCUAAAUCUUAAGUCUAUGAAUGUGCUUUUGACUACCAGCCACCAUGCCAAGAUUGCAGAUUUUGGCUUCUCCAAGCUCAAGCAUGAUGCAGAUAAAAAAGUGAAAAAGGCUACAAGAAACAAAAAUAUCAAGGUGUCGCCAGCUUGGAUGGCGCCAGAACUUCUGCAUGGAGGGGAGAUAACUCCAAAGGCGGAUGUUUUCAGCUUUGGAAUAAUCUUGUGGGAAAUGAUGUCUGGUAAACAUCCCUAUGAAGGCUGUACAGUUUUUCAGAUUCUGGAGUUGGUGCGAACAAAUAAGAGACCAGACAUUUGUGAGACAUGUCCUGCAGACCUUCAUGAACUAAUCUCAGUGUGUUGGGCCCAGAACCCUGCAGUCAGACCUAACUUCAAGGAAGUAUUACAAAAGAUAGAAGAUCUUUCUUUUCCUGCCGGUUGGAGAGAAUUGUUCAAGGAUGCAAGAAUUCCUAAUGAGGCACUAGAGGAUGUGCCAUCCACAAGUGAGAUUAUUUCUCUUGUAACAUCUACAUUGGAGUCCUCUGCUGCAAAGAAAACCCUUCACACCAUGGAGAUGACCAGUUUCAAUAUUAAAGAAAAAGAACCAGGCAUUACUACAUUUCUGACAACUGACAACGCAAAUGACAAGGCUGAAACAGAAGAGCCACAGAACGAUACAACGACACACAAUCAGAAACCAAAUCUUGCUCAAAGACAAGGUGUUGAGUCCAUUCAGAUAAAAUUGCCCAUGGACAUGAUGAAAGAAAAUAAAAGCUGUAGUUUUAGCAAAUGUCAUACAACUAAAUUGACAACCAGUCUUGAUGCAAUACAGUCAACAGAUUGUCUUGCCACCACUAUGACCACAAGCACAAACUUUCAUCAUUCUUCUACAGCUGGUUGUAACGCUACCCUGUCUGACAGUUUGGAUGUAGUUUCAUCUCUGUCCACAUCAUCAUCAUUAUCAUCAUCAAGUUCUGCAUGCUCAAAAGACAGUUUAGAAGCAAAUACAAUACCUAUAACGACUAACAGAGAAUCAGCACAAGAAGACAGACCCUACUACUUGGGACCGAGCCAGGAUACAAGAAAUGUGUCCACAUGUUUUGAUAGAUUAUCUAUACCCGCUUCUAAUGAGUUAAGUGCUCCCAAGAAACAUUUGGUCCAGUCCUCAAUUGGUUCAUUCAGCCUUAACUCAGAUGAAGCUUCAGCUAAAUUGGUUUUAUCCACACAGGUUUAUGAUCCCUCAGUUUUAACCUACAGAAAGAAAGAUGCUUUAAAUGCACCUCCUUGUUUCUCAUCCCCAGCUAUUUCUUACAUUAGUCACCUAGAUGCUUCAGACUCCAAGAAUCCAACUACCUUAUCAGGAACAAUAAAAGCAAAACAAGAUGGAGAAGUUAAAGGUGAGGAGCAUAUUGAGAAAUAUGUGCAUGCAGAAAAGAACUCAUGCGCAAGGCUGUCAGCCAGAGAAGCUCGCAGGCUUGGUGUUUCUCGAAGAUCAUCAGAUGUAUGGUCAUCUAGCUCUUGCGCAUCUACUGGAGAGAAUAGAGGUUUAGCGACUGCCUCAGAUGAUGGAUUGUCUGAUAUGCAAGGACUCACUGCUUAUGUAUUGAAUGAUAGUUCAUUGGCUGGCAACAAAUUGAUGGACUCGAGACUGUUACUAGACUUGAACAAUAAUUCUGAUACUGAUACAGCAGAAUCUAAUGUCACUGCAGGUGGAACACACCAGGAGCUGGUUUCAGUAAAUAUGAAUGUAGUUGACCAGAACAGUUCUCAGCCUGAUGCUUGUGUCGUUCCCGUUGAAAAUGAUGUUAGGGAUAUUUGUGAAGGUAAAGUUCAGGGCCACAAAGAGGAAGAUGGCUACAAGCAUAUUAAAGGAGUCAAAAACUCUGGCUCACUGUCCUCUUCAUGUGCCAUAAUCCCACCUCCACCUCCACCACCUCCUCCUCCUCCUCUUGCAGCUUCCAGCACUCCACAUUUCUCUACAGCACAAGUUUGUCAGAAUGGCUUUUUAGCAGAUGUACAGGAUGAUUCUCAACAGUCUGUAUCAAAGGAGACAUUAGCUUCUUCAAGCAAACACAGCUUGAAGGAGCGCUAUCGAGGAAACCCUCAUAUUUCUGUGGAAGCAAGUGAGCUGAUGAGGCAGAAGGAUCAGCUGAGACCAACUGCUCAGCCACAUCCUAGUCAGCUGCAAGAAGUGUCUACCACAGCACAGGAGUUCACCUCUCUAGCAGAUAUUUUUAAAAAGGCUAUGGUAAAUCGCCGAUUUGCUAUGGAAGGAAACAGUCUUGCUACCUCAACAAACAGCCAAGAAUUCUCUGAUGUCAACUGGUCUUUACAGGAGGAUUAGCCUUUGUACUUCCUUUCGACUUUAUUGAUAUCACUUUUAUUAUAAGAUGUAAUUAGGAAAGUACAGGCAUUUUCUUUCGUUGUGAGACAUCAUGACAUAAACUUCUUUCUUACAAGUGUCCUGUACACUAGAUUAGCUUCUGACCUUGUCGAUAAAUGUGGACAUCUAAAUUGCUAUAAAUUCAAAAAGAAGAAAGACAAAUGACUGAAAAUUGGGAUUAUUGUUUUAUUUCAACAUUUUAGCUUUAUGGUAUGCAGUUCCUUUUAAAAUUUUCUAUGGGUGCAUUUAUUUGCUUUAGGUGUGUAGGGAAUGACAGCUUUUGCAAAAAUGGCAGGCUGUCUUUUACAUGUAUAUUGCCAUGCUGUAAUACUUAGUUUUAUCAACGUGAAAUUAUGCCUGCCAGUGUUACUUUAUGAUCUAGACACUUGAAUAAAUGAAGCUCAGCUGCCUGUGAUUUUAUGCAAAAGGACUUUUUUUGGAGUGGAGAAGGUAUUCUUUUUAAGUCCAUUUGGCAUGGCAUAUAACAUUUGUUGUGCACUUUUUAAAACUAUUUUUUUCAAUAAUUAUCCAUAAAAAUGUCUUCAUUUGUUCACAUUGUUUCUUCUCAGGCCAGAGACAGUCUUAAAUAUAAGUGGACCAAAAUAAAAUCAUGUUGCAUUAGAAUACUUUUCUAAAUAGUGCCAUUGUGUAUCCCUAAAAAUGCACAGAAGUACCUAGCCAAUAAGCAAAUAAUGAACUGUACUUUAUAACCAGCAUACAGAUCUGAUGUCCUAUACAAGGCAUUUAAAUUAGUAUAUAAAGUGAGAACAUGAAUCUUCUAAUGAAUGUUGCAGUGUAUGUUCAUCACUAAAGCAUUACAGAACUAUGUGUAUAAUAUUUAUAUGGGGGAAGGGUCUGUUUAUAUUUUUAUACAAGUUCUCUUAUGCCUUGUAAGUUUAGUAUGCAUGCAUGAGAGAGAGAGAGAUCAAGAAAGUAGAAUAUGUAUAAUUGCUUUAUAUACUCACUUUUGAGGAGUAUUUAUGACUUCAGUCCAUGGUCCUAGUCAUUAUUUUAAAGUAUGAUAAUAUUUAUUGUGAUCAUUUAAAGCAUCAUAAAAUUGUGUUUAAAACCUUAAAGGCUUACACUGGAUAAAUUAUCAGUAGACAAUGAUAUUUACACUUCUUUCUCUUCUUGUUCCUAAUUGCCCCCUUUGGAGCAUAGGGCCAGAUAUUUACACUGCACUUGAGUAAAUUAUCAGUAAAUAAUAUUGACCAGUAAGCAGAACCACAGGCUGUAUCUCAACUACAGUUAUAACCAGUCCAUCUAGUAUACCAGUGCCAGUGAGAUUUUACCUUUUUCAUUAUACCCUUAGUAUAUUCAUAACACCAUCGACUUCUUAGUCUGUAUCAAAACCUGAACAAUAAGGUUGAAGGUGUAAAUUGAUACCUGCUUUUCUCAUUUUCAGCCAUACUCGUUCAGAGAGCUUUUGCUUCUCAGAAAACCAGCUGAGAGAAUGUAUGACAGGAUUUGGCUAGCAUAUUUUAUUCUGCUUUCUCAACCAAGUGUUCUCAAGUAAAUAGUAGCUAAGCUGUAUAACCUUGCAGGCUAUCUAGUCCCGAGUGCCCUUUGCUUGUUAGUAUUGAUCUGCCUCAGCAUGCUAGAUCUAGAUUGCAGUGUUUCUGUUCAGUAAGCAGAAAUUACUCAAACAAGAGAGUAAUUUUUCAUACAACUAUAUUUUUUUAAACUUGUAACAUAAUAAAAAAUGACAAGCAUAGAAACAAAAACCGCUGAAAUUUUCCAUAACAGAUUAAAAACCCUAAAGAAAUUCAGUUUUGCUGUUACCUGCAUUUGCAAAGCAUAUUUGAUUGGCUCAUUUCCUUGGCUAUUUCACUCUGGAUGUUAUCUUUACAAAAUAUUUAUCUUUAAAUUUACACUGUGCGCAUUCAUUAUCCUUGCACUAAACACUUGAAGAGAAUUUUUUUCCUUUUUUAUUUAUAAUUUUUAAUUUGCAAGUGAGGUUACUAUUGUCUGUAUACUACUGAAAUUACGUUUGUGUGCAGUGCAAAAACUUUACUGUGCAUGCACACUGAGACUCAUUCGGUGCACAUGCAAAUUAUAGCUACCCGACUGGAUUGAGGUUUAUGAACCACUUGUGUUAAUUUGUUUUAGAUAAGUAAUGAUCAACAAUUAUAAUCAGGGUUUAACAUGCUGUGGCAGUAAAGCAUAAUAAAAGUCCAUGCCACAAGUCUUUUUUAAGGCUUGUGGGGAAGCCAAUAGCUGAAUGGUUAAAGCACUAGCGUCCAAACUGAGAGGUGCAGUUCAAUAGCGCAGCUCACUUUCCCAAGUUGACCCAGGUGAGGGAAAUGGGUACUUGACUCCAGAGAGGGUUGGGGGAAGGAAAGGUAGCAAGGGAGAGGAGAUGGGCACUGCCCUCAAGUAAACUGGCCCCAAGAAAAGUAAGGACUCUAACCUCUCACUCCCUGGUGACCUGAAAAAGGUCAUGGGAUGAGCUUUACCCUUUUUCCUUCCUAAAUAUCGAGAAACUGGUUUUACAUUAAAGUUUAGUAUGCAACUUUCAGUAGAUAAGUUUACUUUAGGUCUAAGUAUACCUAAUGUGAAGAGCAUUCAUAUUUUUGACUUGUAGGCAAGCCAUUUAUAUGGUGUCUGAUACAUUAGUCCUAAUUCAGUCUGGUCAACUCUGCAUUAAUGAGCUAUGGCAAAGGCUGCCUGAUAGCUAUAGUGAAGAGUUGAAACCACUGUGUUUAUCAUCAUGAACAUAUACAUAAAAAGCACAGAUCUAUUUUAUUCAUGUCUGUGCACUUAUAUAUACCAAUAAAUGUAUUUUGUGGAACAAGUCACUACUCUGUUAACUUCUAGUGCAUAUGUUUAUUUUUUACAGAGGAAAGUGUAACAUUCCAGUAAAAUAUUUACAGUUUCAGUCUUUCAGAACAAAAUGGUGUAUUUUUUAUUUAAAACUUCUUUUAAUUAAUAAUGUCUCAUGGUCAUACCUGCAUAAACAUAUCAAUUUUUUAUGUUGUUGUUGGCCUUAAUUUUAUGAUUAAAGUUACAGGAAAACUUUGCCCUAUUUUAAAAUACACUUCAAACAGUUUUAUUUUUGUGUGAUGUUUGUAAACACAUUUAGAAGAGUAGCAGACUGGCUUUUCAGAAUGAAGAUUGAAGUUGGCUAUUAAAGGAGGUAAAAUUUCAGA